UUUGAUCUAGUUUGCAAAUAAACAAAACAAACUUGAGUUAUCAUAUACUACUACUUAUCAAAUUGUCUUAUGGUGUACAGGAGUUAUCAUCGUCAAUGAGCACACAGCCAGUCUCCCAUUACACAGAAGGACAAGUGGCAAGAAAAACGUGAACAGUUUAAAUUGCAACUUGAAAGUGAAAAACUGCAAAAAUGAUUUACAAGUUUUUCACAGUCUUUACUCUGACUGCAUUGCUGUUGUUAUCAUAUGCCUUUUGCCAGAAGAUUGCACUUAAUGGUGAAUGGAAGCUUGUCAAUUCCAAUGGAAGUAUCUCAAUCAAUGCUAAGGUGCCAGGGUCAAUGUAUACAGCCCUGUGGGAAAACAAAAUCAUAGAUGAUCCCUACUACAGAUUCAAUGAUGUCACCACACGAUGGGCAGCAUAUGAUGAAUGGACAUUUUCAAGACAGUUUGAAAUAUCCGAUGCCAUCAACAAGCAGCCAAACAUUGAGUUGCUAUGUGGAGGCCUUGACACCAUAGCAACCAUCAUGAUCAAUGGUCAGGUUGUAGGUACUGCAAACAACCAGUUCAGGAGAUAUGUCUUUGACAUUAAGAAAUAUGUAAAGGUUGGAACAAACAGUAUUUCAGUGAAGUUUGCCUCCCCAGUGAAGUAUGCAGCUAAGCAGGCCUCUGCCUACUCUUAUGUGGUACCCCCUGAGUGCACUGCACCUGCACAGAAUGGAGAGUGUCACGCUAACUUUAUCCGCAAGUCUCAAUGCUCAUUUAGUUGGGACUGGGGCCCAGCAUUUCCUACUAUGGGAAUAUGGAGAAAUAUAACUCUAGAAGCGUACGGUGAUGUGGCAAUGAGAUAUGUAGCUCCACAGCCUUUAAAAGGUAUGGGGGCUGCAGAGUGGGUAUUGGUUGUGUAUGUAGAGUUUGGUUUAACAGAUGACAAGACCCAUACAGGUUACCUAGAUAUCUCAAUAGAGGGCAUUCCAGACAUAUCUAACAGUCGACUGAUACAUAUCAACAAAACCAACUUGAACACAACCGCACUAGUACCAAUUGGAAAGGGAGCAGUGAAGACCUGGUGGCCAAAUGGCUAUGGUGAACAACCUUUGUAUAACAUAAUCGCUAAAUAUUCCCCAAUGAAGUCAUACUCUCAAGUAAUGAAGAAGGUUAGGUUUGGCUUCAGAACUGUGGAAAUAGCUCAGAAUCCAGUUCCAUCAUCCCCAGGUUUGAGUUUCUACUUCAAGAUCAAUGGUUUUCCUAUAUUCAUGAAGGGUUCAAACUGGAUCCCUGCAGACAGCUUCCAAGAGAGGAUAACCCCAUCUUAUCUGAGGAGGAUACUCCAGUCAGCCAAGGAUGCCCAUAUGAACAUGCUGAGAGUAUGGGGUGGAGGGAUAUAUGAAUCUGAGGCAUUCUACUCCAUCUGUGAUGAGCUUGGAAUAAUGAUAUGGCAAGAUCUAAUGUUUGCCUGUGCCAUGUACCCAGCAAACACAGACUUUCUUCAAAAUGCAAGGCAGGAAUUUGUCCAUCAGGUUCUCAGAUUGCAGAGGCAUCCAUCUAUUGCAGUAUGGAGUGGAAAUAAUGAAAAUGAGGCUGCCUUGGCACAGAAUUGGUAUGGGACUAAACCAAAGUUUGAGGCCUACAAAAAAGAUUACCUGGCCCUGUAUAUAGAUACUGCCAAAGAUGUGAUCACCAAAUUAGACAAGAGCAGACCAUUCAUAGGUUCCAGUCCAACUAAUGGGGUAGAGUCGGAAAGAGAGGGAUGGGUUGCUCAGAAUCCUGCUGAUACCCACUUUGGUGAUAUGCAUUGGUAUGACUACUCUGCUGAUGGAUGGAGCUGGAAAAGCUACCCUAGAACAAGAUUUGCUUCAGAGUUUGGCUAUGAAGCUUGGUCAUCAUUUGAGACGGUUGCUAAGGUAUCUGUGAAAGAGGACUGGAGUUACUAUAGUAAUUUCUCUUUACACAGACAACAUCACCCAAAUGGUAAUGAUCAGAUGCUAAAGGAAGCUGCGAAACACAUCAAUCUUCCAACAGGAGAUGAUGAGGUUCAGCAGUUUAAGGAUCUCAUCUAUGUUACACAGAUCAACCAAGCUAUGGGGGUGAAGACAGAGGUGGAAUUCAAUCGCCGAAUGCAGAGUCUAAUAGUGGAUGGAGAAGGCGGGUGUAUGGGCUCCCUCUAUUGGCAGCUGAAUGAUAUAUGGCAAUGUCCAAGCUGGGCAUCUAUUGAAUAUGGAGGCAAGUGGAAAAUGCUGCAAUACUAUGCUCUAAAGUUCUACAACCGUACGAUAAUAUCCCCAUACAUAGAAGCAGACAAUAAAACAGUAUCUGUGUACUACAUAGAGGAUAAGCUCCCCAUGAAGCUACCACCACAUGAUCACCACCCAGACACCAACCUUAAGUUCAAGCCUAGAGAUGGGGCCAAGGGUCUGUAUGAUGUACUUAUGGAUGUGAGUGUGGAUGAUGCCAACCAGGUUGGGGAUAGCAGGGAGCCUGAGGCUCAUUCACUCUUCAUCGAUGUAUAUUCAUGGGAUGGUACCCCAUCUAAGCCAUUGAUGACAUAUCAGGAGAACUUUUGGAAUCCGCAAAUCGCCAGUACAAAAGUAAUGGACUUCCAACUGACUGAAGAGGCUGCAAAAGCUGCAGGGUGUACCUCCUUGUCCCACUGCUUCUUGCACUUCUACCUGGACAACCCAGAUAAUUAUGGCCCUAGCAACUGGCUCACCCCUGUAGAACUUAAAGAUGCACAAGGAAUGAAGAAAGCAAACACAAAGAUCAUAGAUGUGAAACAUGUAGAAGACAGAACAUUUUCCUUUACGGUUACUACUGAUGCUAUAGCCCCUUUUGUGUGGAUGGAGGCCACGGGAAUACAGGGUCGAUUCUGCUGUAAUGGGUAUAUGAUGGUAGAGGCCUCCAUAAAACACAUGUUCUAUGCAUGGGAGGACACGACUGUAGAAAAAUUACAAGCUGCUUUGAAAGUUACAUCUUUAAUGGAUAUUUAUCGAUAAGGUGUUCAGCAUUUUCAGUGGUGAUUCAGUGGCAUAUCAUUUAUAUUUUUUAUAAAAUUAUUAGAUUUGAUUUUAUGAAAGCAGAGUUGACUGAAAUAACAAGGGCUACAUUACCAUAAGAUUAUGAUGCCAAGAUUUCCAUAAAAUGGAUUUAGUAGCGUAACUAAAAAUGUUCUGGUAACGUGUUAUGUACCUGUCGUUAAUUAACUUAUUUCAGAGGUGACACUGUUACUGUAAGAUAUUCAAACCUUUAAUGAUGAUGAUGGAUGGAGAAACACAGGGUUGAUGCCAGACUACAUGUGUAUAUCAUAUGGUAUAUUAAACAUGAAGAAUUAUCUAUGCAGCUGUAGAUUUUAUUUUUUAUUGCAGUAUUAGUAGCCAUUAAGAAACAUAAUAAAUAACAGAAUAAUCAGUUCUGAAAUGGUAGCAAUGUAGAAUUUAUGGAAUUAAUUCUUGCUCAUUUCCAUAUGUAAUAAUGCCAGAAACAUUCCGUAGAUAUUUUUAAUACAUAUAUUUUCUAUUUUUGUACCAGAAUUGUACAAAUAGAUUUGUGUGCAAUAAUAUAUUUGUUAACAUCUUUUUUAAAUACUGUAUACUCAAACAUGAAAAUCUUUCAAUAAAUAUAUGAUAUGGACUGUUAUAAAAUGUUUUGAAAAAAUAUGCUCAUGAAAAAUGUUAUUUCUAUAUACUGAACAAGUCUUAAAAAGACGAAAUAAAAUGUUUUAACAAAAAAAAGAUU